UUUUUGAGAAAGUUUAGGUUUCGAAAUUGCUUAUGCUUUCUUGUUAUUGAUAUCUACGUUGAUUCCUAUCUUUUAUAUGUUUUGUGGCGAUACGCUAGUUUUGAUCCUCGUUUUAGGGUUUCUAGGGUUUCUAUUUCACUUGGUUCAAUUACUGUUCAAAAUGGCAGCUUUUUCCCAAUUUAGGUUGUGGUCAAAUUAUUGAGUUUUGUGCUAUUUUAGGCAAAGUUAUUUAAUUAUUUUCUACUGUAUUUGAUCUCGGACAAAUUCAGCAUCCUAUCAAGACUUGUCAUUUUGCCCUCGCUGCAGAAUUAUGUCGAUUUUAUGGCAAUUUCGUAUUUUUAUUACUCAUUUGAGGGUUUUUAGGGUUUGCUCUGAUAGCUAGUUCACUUGGUUCCAUUACUGCUGAAAAAUGGCAUGUUUUUCUAAUUCAGCUCAUGCUUAAAAUAUUGGAUUUUUAAAACUAUUUUAGUCAAAUUUAUAUAAUUUUUUUCUACAGCAUUUAAUUUCACCCGUCAAAUUUAGCAUCAAAUCAAAAAUUUCCUCCUUGUUCCCAAUGGAGAAUUAAGUUGGUUUCUUGAAACAUUUCACUAAAAGCUGUAUUUUUUUUAUCUUGUUCUUUGACAAAAUUAGGUCGUUGAAUCUAAUAAUGGAAGACGGUGACAUCGAUUUCUCGAACCCAGAGGUGUUCUCUGGGACAAAUGAGCUCCCAAGCAGCUGCUCUAUGGACAGCUUCUUCGACGAAAUACUUAAGGACACCCAUGCAUGCACCCACACCCACAUCUGCAACCCCCCAGGAACUGACCUGCCUCAUACUCACACUUGCUACCAUGUCCACCACAAGAUCUUCUCCCCUCCAACUGAUGAAAGCGCCGACUCUGUCGAAAAGAACCCUACCAAGAAAAGGUCACUAGGCAACCGGGAAGCAGUUAAAAAAUACAGAGAGAAGAAGAAAGCCCGGGCAGCUUCGUUAGAAGAGGAGGUUUCCCAUUUAAGAGCAGUUAAUCAGCAGCUUAUGAAGAGGUUACAAGGGCAAGCUGCAUUGGAGGCAGAGGUUGCGAGGCUGAGGUGUCUGUUGGUUGAUAUAAGAGGGAGGAUAGAGGGAGAGAUUGGAACAUUUCCUUAUCAGAAGCCAGGGAAUGUAAUGUUGCAGGGGAAUUUGAUGGGUGCGGGUGGAGCCCAUGUUAUGAACUCGUGCGAGGAUUUGAGGUGUGAUGAUCAGAUGUAUUGCCUUCGCCCGGGAAUGCAAGGGAAGGUAGGGGGAGAAGUUAUGGUCGGGAAUGGUCAGGGGUGUGGAACUUGUGAGAUUGGGAAUAUUCAGUGCAUGGGAAGUUCGAGCACAGGGAUGAAGGAGCUUUUUGCUUGUGGUGAUGGUAAUGGGAUGACAGCUGGUUGUUCAGCAAACGCUGACAAGAUGAUGGAGCCUCAGCCAACAUCAACAUCAAAGUUAGUAGCAGAGUCCAAGUUCUAAACCGAGCCAGAUCAGAGCCUAAACUGAAACUUGAGCCUGAGUUAUCAUCAGAGGCCCAGCGGCAAGAUAUUGCUUUAAAAUCUGAGACCGAGUCAGAUCCAAAAUUAUAACUGAAGUCAAGAUUGGAGCCCAAGUUAAGAGUCUAAUCUGGAUCUGGAGGUGGAGCAAAACUAGAGCCCUAGCCUGAGCCAUAACUGAUUUUGAUGCUGAACUGAAGGUUUAACCCGAGGCACAAUCUAAUUUCUUCACCAAGAAGAUCUUACAUCAAAUUCAAUCAAAAGAAAAAGAUUUGGUUUAUUGUGUUUUUUAUUCGAGAUCUUUAUGGUAGAAGCAAAAACUUUGUUGGAUUUUUUUCCUUUACUGUCACACUUCAAUUUCAUGAAGAUGAACUUUGUUAUCCAAAAUUCUUCCCCACCUCUUCUUAGUUAAGCUAUGCGCUUAAUUUUGAUCACUUCUUUGUUGCUCAUGCAACAAUACCUACAAUAUUCGAUAUUCAUUAUUUAUGCCACUAUAAAAUUCGAGGUCAAAUUUUCUCAAAACAGAUAAGAUUUGAUGCAAAACGACUUAAUGAAGUAAAUGAGUUAGAGAUAGCUAGUCAAGCAUUCAUCUCACUGGGAGAAAUUUUGAUUUGAUUAGGAUUGAGGAUAAUCUAGUUGGAUUGCAGAUUUCACAGUUUUAUUAGAAUUGAGGAAAUCUUA